CAGUGCUCGGCUGGCCGCGGAGUCAGUCGAAGCUCUCCUCGGCGGCCGGCUGAGCCAGCUGAGGCGGGGGCAAAACAUGGCUCGGACCUUAGAAGGCGCGAAGGCUCGGGUUGCGGUGGAGACCAAGGCUCCCGCAGCGUGAGACAGACGGUGUUUGAAUUGAGUGACUCGAAGGAAGCUUCCCCAUUUGAACAAAAUUACUUGUUAAAGAGGCACCCCAAAAUCUUCUCAGGUCUUGGUAUUUUGGAAGCUACAAGAAAAAAAGAUUAAGCGGUUUGUUUUGUUUUGUGGACAUGGCUCAGAUUUCCAGCAACAAUGAAUUCAAACAGUGUUCAUCUUCACAUCCGGAACCAUUAAGAACCAAAGAUGUGGACAAAGCAGAAGCAUUACAAAUGGAAGCAGAGGCCUUAGCAAAACUGCAGAAGGAUAGACAAAUGACUGACAGUCCUGGAGGCUUUGAGCUGUCUAGCAGCACUAGACAAAGAACACAAGGUUUUAACAAACAGGAUUAUGAUCUCAUGGUGUUUCCUGAAUUGGAUUCCCAAAAAAGAGCAGUAGAUAUUGAUGUAGAAAAACUCACCCAAGCCGAACUUGAGAAGAUACUGCUGGAUGACAAUUUUGAGACUAGAAAAACCCCUGUAUUGCCAGUUACUCCUGUUUUGAGCCCUUCAUUUUCAGCACAGUUGUAUCUUAGACCUACUAUUCAAAGAGGACAGUGGCCCCCUGGAUUUUCUGGGCCUUCCACAUAUACUUUACCUUCUAUUUAUCCUUCAGCAUACAGCAAACAGGCCACAUUCCAGAAUGGCUUCAGUCCAAGGAUGCCUGCUUUUCCAUCUACAGAAUCUAUAUAUUUAAGACUUCCAGGACAGUCUCCAUAUUUUUCAUAUCCUUUGACACCUUCCACACCGUUUCAUCCACAAGGAAGUUUACCAGUCUAUCGGCCACUAGUCAGUCCUGACAUGGCAAAACUAUUUGACAAAAUAGCAAGUACAUCAGAAUUUUUAAAAAAUGGGAAAGCACGGACUGAUUUGGAGAUAGCAAAUUCGAAAGCUUCAGUCUGCAAUCUACAAGUAUCUCCAAAGUCUGAAGAUAUCAGUAAAUUUGACUGGUUAGACUUGGAUCCUCUAAGUAAGCCUAAGGUGGACAGUGUAGAAGUGUUAGAACAUGAAGAAGAGAAGAAGAAUCCAGUUUUGCUAGCAGAGGAUCCUUGGGAUGCUGUUCUUCUUGAAGAGAGGUCUCUAGCAAGUUGUCACCUAGAAAGAAAGGUGAAUGGAAAAUACCUUUCUGGGGCAACUGUAACAAGAAGCCAGUCUUUAAACAUUCGGACAGCUCAACUUACAAAAGCCCAAGGCCAAGUAUCUCAGAAAGACCCAAAUGGGACCAGUAGUUUGCCAACUGGAAGUUCUCUUCUACAAGAAUUUGAAGUACAGAAUGAGGAGGUGGCAGCUUUUUGUCAAUCCAUUAUGAAAUUGAAGACCAAAUUCCCACAUACUGAUCACUGCACAAAUCCAGGCUAUUUGUUAAGUCCAGUCACAGUGCAAAGAAGCAUGUGUGGAGAAAAUGCCAGUGUGAAGGUCUCCAUUGAAAUCGAAGGAUUUCAACUACCAGUUACUUUUACAUGUGAUGUGAGUUCUACUGUAGAAAUAGUUAUAAUGCAAGCCCUUUGCUGGGUACAUGAUGACUUGAAUCAAGUGGAUGUUGGCAGCUACAUUCUGAAAGUUUGUGGUCAAGAGGAGGUUCUGCAGAAUAAUCAUUGCCUUGGAAGUCACGAACAUAUUCAAAAUUGUCGAAAAUGGGACACAGAGAUUAAAUUACAACUCUUGACCUUCAGUGCAAUGUGCCAGAAUCUGGCUCGAACAGCAGAAGAUGAUGAAGCACCUGUGGAUUUAAACAAAUACUUGUAUCAAAUAGAAAAACCUUACAAAGAAGUCAUGACAAGACACCCUCUUGAAGAACUCCUAGAUUUCUAUCACAACCAAGUGGAACUGGCUCUUCAAACUGAAAACCAGCACCGAGCUAUUGAUCAAGUAAUUAAAGCUGUAAGAAAAAUCUGUAGUGCUUUAGAUGGGGUGGAGACUCCCGCCGUUACAGAAUCGGUGAAGAAGCUAAAGCGAGCAGUUAACCUUCCAAGGAACAAAAGUGCUGAUGUGACUUCAUUACCUGGAGGAGAUACUAACAGGAACUCAACUGCGGGCUCACUGAAUCCUGAAAAUCCUGUUCAAGUAAGCAUGGAUCACUUAACGGCAGCAAUUUAUGAUCUUCUCAGGCUCCAUGCAAAUUGUAGUAAGAAUUCUACAGACUGUCCUCAAAGUAGCAGGAAUAUCAAGGAAGCAUGGACUGCGGCAGAGCAGCUCCAGUUCACUGUCUAUGCUGCACAUGGAAUUUCCAGUAACUGGGUAUCAAAUUAUGAAAAAUACUACUUGAUAUGUUCCCUGUCUCACAAUGGGAAGGACCUUUUUAAACCUAUUCAAUCAAAGAAGGUUGGCACGUACAAGAAUUUCUUCUAUCUUAUUAAAUGGGAUGAACUAAUCAUUUUUCCUAUCCAGAUAUCACAGUUGCCAUUAGAGUCAAUUCUUCAUCUUACUCUGUUUGGAAUCUUAAACCAGAGCAGUGGAACUUCACCUGAUUCUAAUAAACAGAGAAAGGGACCAGAAGCUUUGGGCAAAGUUUCUUUAACUCUUUUUGACUUUAAACGGUUUUUAACAUGUGGAACGAAACUUCUCUACCUUUGGACUUCAUCACAUACAAAUUCUAUUCCUGGAGCAAUCCCCAAAAAAGGCUAUGUCAUGGAAAGAAUUGUGCUACAGAUUGACUUUCCUUCUCCUGCAUUUGACAUUGUUUAUACAUCUCCUCAAAUUGAUAGAAACAUUCAGCAAUACAAGUUGGAAACACUGGAGAACGAUAUAAAGGGAAAACUUCUGGAUAUUCUUCACAGAGACUCAUCAUUUGGACUUUCUAAAGAAGAUAAGGUCUUUUUGUGGGAAAAACGCUAUUAUUGCCUCAAACAUCCAAAUUGUCUUCCUAAGAUACUAACAAGUGCCCCAAACUGGAAAUGGGCUAAUCUUACCAAAACUUACUCAUUGCUGCACCAGUGGCCACCAUUGUGCCCAUUAGCUGCAUUGGAGCUUCUUGAUGCAAAAUUUGCUGAUCAGGAAGUACGAUCUCUAGCUGUGAGCUGGAUUGAGGCCAUUAGUGAUGAUGAGCUAACAGAUCUUCUCCCACAGUUUGUACAGGCUUUGAAAUAUGAAAUUUACUUGAAUAGUUCACUAGUGCGCUUCCUUCUGUCCAGGGCAUUGGGCAAUAUCCAGAUAGCACACAGUUUAUAUUGGCUUCUCAAGGAUGCUUUGCAUGAUACACAUUUUGGAAGCAGAUAUGAGCAUGUGUUGGGUGCUCUCCUCUCAGUAGGAGGAAAAGGACUCAGAGAAGAACUUUCUAAGCAGAUGAAACUUGUACAACUUUUAGGAGGAGUAGCAGAAAAAGUAAGACAGGCUAGUGGAUCAACCAGACAGGUGGUCCUCCAAAAGAGUAUGGAACGAGUACAGUCCUUUUUCCUGAGAAAUAAUUGUCGUCUUCCUCUUAAACCAAGUCUAGUGGCAAAAGAAUUAAAUAUUAAGUCAUGUUCUUUCUUCAGUUCUAACGCUAUGCCUCUGAAAGUCACAAUGGUGAAUGCUGAUCCUAUGGGGGAAGAAAUUAAUGUCAUGUUUAAGGUUGGUGAAGAUCUUCGGCAAGACAUGUUAGCUUUACAGAUGAUAAAGAUUAUGGAUAAGAUCUGGCUUAAAGAGGGACUGGAUCUGAGGAUGGUGAUAUUCAAAUGCCUGUCAACUGGCCGAGAUCGAGGCAUGGUGGAGCUAGUUCCUGCUUCAGAUACCCUCAGGAAAAUCCAAGUGGAAUAUGGUGUGACAGGAUCCUUUAAAGACAAACCACUUGCCGAGUGGCUGAGGAAAUACAAUCCUUCUGAAGAAGAAUAUGAAAAGGCUUCUGAGAACUUUAUCUAUUCUUGUGCUGGGUGCUGUGUAGCCACCUAUGUUUUAGGUAUUUGUGAUCGGCACAAUGACAAUAUAAUGCUUCGAAGCACAGGACACAUGUUCCACAUUGAUUUUGGAAAGUUUUUGGGCCAUGCACAAAUGUUCGGUAGCUUCAAAAGGGAUCGAGCUCCUUUUGUGCUUACAUCUGACAUGGCAUACGUCAUUAAUGGGGGUGAAAGGCCCACCAUUCGCUUCCAGUUGUUUGUAGACCUCUGCUGCCAAGCCUACAAUUUGAUAAGAAAGCAAACAAACCUCUUUCUUAACCUUCUCUCACUGAUGAUUCCUUCAGGGUUGCCAGAACUUACAAGUAUUCAGGAUUUGAAAUAUGUUAGAGAUGCACUUCAACCACAAACUACAGAUGCUGAGGCUACCAUUUUCUUCACUAGGCUGAUUGAGUCAAGUUUGGGAAGCAUUGCCACCAAGUUUAACUUCUUCAUUCAUAACCUUGCUCAGCUACGUUUUUCUGGUCUUCCUUCUAAUGAUGAACCCAUCCUUUCAUUUUCACCAAAAACAUAUUCCUUUAGACAAGAUGGUCGGAUCAAGGAAGCCUCUGUUUUCACAUAUCACAAGAAAUACAACCCAGAUAAACAUUAUAUUUAUGUAGUCCGAAUUCUGAGAGAAGGACACCUUGAACCAUCAUUUGUAUUCCGGACAUUUGAUGAGUUUCAGGAACUUCACAAUAAGCUCAGCAUUAUUUUUCCACUUUGGAAGUUACCUGGCUUUCCUAAUAGGAUGGUUCUAGGAAGAACACACAUAAAAGAUGUAGCAGCCAAAAGGAAAAUUGAAUUAAACAGUUAUUUACAGAGUUUGAUGAAUGCAUCAACAGAUGUAUCAGAGUGUGAUCUUGUUUGUACUUUUUUCCAUCCCCUACUUCGUGAUGAGAAAGCUGAAGGAAUAGCUAGGUCUGCAGGUGCAGGUCCCUUCAGCCCUACUCUGGGCCAAAUAGGAGGAGCAGUGAAGUUAUCUGUGUCUUACCGAAAUGGCACCCUCUUCAUUAUGGUGAUGCACAUCAAAGAUCUCGUUACUGAAGAUGGGACUGACCCAAAUCCAUACGUCAAAACAUACCUGCUUCCAGAUACCCACAAAACGUCAAAACGUAAAACCAAAAUUUCACGUAAAACUAGGAACCCAACAUUCAAUGAAAUGCUUGUGUAUAGUGGAUACAGCAAGGAAACCUUGAGGCAGAGAGAACUUCAACUGAGUGUACUCAGUGCAGAAUCUCUACGGGAGAAUUUCUUCUUGGGUGGAAUAACCCUGCCACUGAAAGAUUUCAACUUGAGCAAAGAGACAGUUAAGUGGUAUCAGCUGACUGCAGCAACGUACCUAUAAGCCACGGAUUUCUGAGCUUUGGAAGAAGCAAAGAGUUAUAAACAUAUGCAUAUGUGUACACACACAAACACACACACUUGGGAACUUUAUGUAUUUUUUAUACUUGGGCAGAAAUUAUAAACUUAAAUAUACUUGCAGUGUUUCAACAUAUUUGUUGGACCAACUGUCAAUUAUACAUAACUAACUUUUACAGAUUUGGGGAAGCCAUUGCUGUUUCAAAGUCAUUCUAUUGAAUAAUACCAAUCCCAGACUUACUAUAUUAAGACCUGGAAAAGACUUUGAGGUAAUACUGUGUCAUUUUGGCCACCUUGUCUGCAUUCUUCCCACACAGACACAGCAAAUUGGUUUUCCUGUUAUGCACCUCACAGCCUUUACCACUGUGUAUGCUCACAGACACCAAAGGAAUGAUGCAGCUGCUACUCAACAGGCUGAAAAGCAAAGCACAAAUAGUAGACAGAAUGCUAAGAACUACUAAGUAGUUUGCAGAAGUAGAGAAAAAAAUACUAUUUUUAUUCAUUGUUAAAGCCUUUUCAGAAUAAGUGCCAAUCACUGGAGUUGUAAAUAAUGUGCCUUAACUUUAUAUGCUUCAUUGGCACUUCAUUUCUGAUUAAAGAGUAACUAGUUUUCAUUCAUCUUCAGCUUAAUAAGGACAAAAUAUUGGGUACAUUUACUAAUGAUUUUCCCACAAAAAUACUAUUUUCUCUACUUCUGAUUGUGACUUAGUUAUUUUAACUAUUAAGCUAUUUGAUUUAAUGUUCGUUGCCCAAUAAUUGAAUGAGAUUCACUGAUAUAAUUGUAUUCUAAAUUCUGUCAUUCCACUAAUCCUACAUUUAUAUGCAGGGAUGUGAACUGAAAUUGGUGUUUCACUUCCAUGUAUUUAUACUGUAAUCUCUCAUUAAACAAAUAGAAAUUGUUCAGCCUUGUGCCCAUUUUUGUUUGGUAAGAGACCCAGGAUAAGGACUAUAGGCUCCAGACUGAAUUUUAAUAUAGACAUUUAUGGAAGGUGUUGUGUAAACUGUCUUGUAUUUGUAAACAUUGUACAUUCACAUAAAAGAAUUAUUUUCUGUAAUACAAGGAAAUUCAGAAUUACAUGAAAGAAAUUUAAAGUUAUUAUGGAGUAACUGUUAAAAAUAAGAUUCAUUUUUAUUAGUUUCUCACUUCAGAUAUAACUGUGUCUUGUUUUGGUAAACAUGUAAAUAUAAUAAAUUUCAUGGUUAGAAUAGGAGUUCAAAUAUUUUUAGAAUGGUAAUAGAGAUGUAGCAAAUCUGGUGAUCAUGAGAAAACUGACAAACUACUUAAUGAAGGGUACCAAGAGAGGACAAUCUGAUUCAGUUUGCUAGAAUAAAAUUUUUAUGAAGUGUACAAAGUGAUUAGCAGAAAUGAUGAUGCUUACAGAGCUAAAUGAAGAAUCAAGGGUGUUAUCAUUUGAACAGAUUUUUAAAGAAAUCAAAACUUGAAAUUUUUGGUGCCUAACACUAUGGUCCAUUUAUAGAGAAAUUUUUUUAUAUUAAAGUAUGUUGUCUACUUGAUAAAUUAAUUAAAACAAAGAUGAAAGCACCAUUGUUUGCUUUUUCCACAAUUAACAUUUCCUUAAGUUGUUUUGCAUAUGUAAGUAGCACUAGAAUUUUCUUUUUCUUUUGAGAGAGACUUGAUUCCAUUCCAUAAGUCACCUAUCUACUUUUUUAAAAAGAUGUAUUUGUAAAAGGUUGUUAUUGAUUGGUCUCUAUGUGGACUUUUUAUGAUCUGUUAUAGCAUGCCUUAGCACAAAUAAUAGAACUAGAGAAGGUAAUGUCACUUCUCAGUGACAACAAAUCUAAAAGUAUAUAUUGUGAUUAAUACUGUAUAGUUAGGAAUUCAGAGCAAAAGGUAAUAUUUUCUCUUAAUUUAACUCAAUCUGCGCCUCCUUUGGUCAUUCGAGCACAUAUAUUUUAAUAUAAGUUAUUUCUUUGUAAAAUGCUAAUCUUCAGCCCAUACCAAAAAAUAGCAAUAGGGAGAAUGAGAGUAGCAUCUUUGCACUACCACUGCAGUCAAUUAUAUAAAUCAGCUUGUUUUCUAAAAACCUCUUAACACUUACCUUAAAAUAAAUCUGAAAAAUAAAACUCUAAACUGGCCAAGACACUAAUUUUUAUGUAUAAUCACAUUUAUAACUACCUUUGUCAGGUAAAAAUAAUUCUGCUACAUACAAGUCCUGUGCCGGAAUUCUUUGUUCUUGACAGUGCUCUACAAUUUGAAGAUGAUGGUUUAUCCCAAGAACCUAUUUUCUCUGAGGGACCCACUGCUGGCACCAAUGCUUUUUAUUGCUGUGUUUAUGUGAGUUGAGUUGUUAAAGCAUGUAUAUCUUUUUUACAUUUUUUUUCAAAUUAAAUUUCUAUGAAAUUCAAAAAUCUUGCCUUAAAUUGUUUAAUUCUUUCUAGGAUUCAUGAAUUGUGGCAUUUAAAAAAUUCACUUUGAUAACUCAGAUUUAAAAAGAAACACUGAAGCCCUAUUAUAAUACACAUGUAUUUACAUGCUGUUUACUAGCAGUGCAAAUAUGGAUGUGCUUACUGGUGUCAUCUGUUAAGAACCAAAUGCUUUAAUUAUAUUAGCAUAGUGAGUGAGAUGUAUAUUUUUAUUAAUACUUGGAAUAUAUUCCGUGGAAUGAAUGUGACUUCAUAACUAUAUCACAAUUAUAUUAAAAUAUUUCUGGAAUAAAGGAA